AUGUUCCAGCCGGGGCGAAGAAGAUCCCCGGGGAUCGGAUUGUUAUUUUUGGCCAGCCAGCUCUACAACAUUGGUUUUAACAGGAUUCCUCCUGUAACACUGACUUUCAUCGGUAUAAACGUCGCAGUUUAUCUCCAGCUUUUGAACAACCUUCCAUCUCUCGGAAAAGCUUGUGUUAGUGCCCAUCAUGUCUGGUACAAUGGCGACUGGAAGCGAAUCAUUUUCGCUGCCUUUUAUCACUUAAACGACUUUCAUUUGUACUACAACAUGGCCUCGUUCGUUUGGAAGGGCAUGUCGCUUGAACCAAGGAUGGGAAGUCCGAAAUUUCUGUACAUCUUGUCCGUAUUCACUGCCUUAACUAACACCGUUCUUGUUGCUUUAGACAUGGUUCUGGCGAACGUAACUGAGGACUUUUCUUACAUGUACACCUGUGCUGCGGGUUUUUCAGGUGUCAUCUUUGCCCUUAAAGUUCUUACAACGUACAACCUUCCUUCUGGUGUUUCCAUGGUGAUGGGUAUGUUCCCAGUACCAAUGAGGUGGGCCUGUUGGGUGGAGUUGAUUGUCAUUCAGCUUCUUGUUCCUAAUGCUUCAUUUACUGGUCAUUUAGCUGGUAUUCUUGUGGGAAUGAUGUACGUUAAAGGUCCUUUAAAGUAUAUCAUGGAUACAGUCAGUGGUGCUGGUAAGUUACUCUAUACUAGCGUUAUUUCCCUUAUUCAAGGGCAAGCCAGCUAGAUUUUGUCUGAAAUGAUGUUUGUGUUAUUAUGGAUGAAAAACAUUUUUCUUCAUCUAAACACUGAAUUUAAAUUUUUAUGUCUUUAUUAUUCUAGUUUUUCUAUUCAAUUUUUCUAUUUCUUUCUCACUCUCAUUGAUAUUCUAUUCUUAAUUAAUUUAUUAUUUAACUUUUAAUAUUGUAAAGUGCUGUUGGAUACUCGGUAGAAACAGCCCCAUAUAAAUCCUCUGUAUUAUUAUUAUUAUUAGAAGUUGUAGUUGUAUUAAUAUUAUUAGGAUUAUUAUUUACUCACAUGAGGCUCCUAGCAUUGCAGUAUACAGUGGGUGUGUUAUCUUUGAACCCAGUAACAACUGUCCUCAUAGAAGAGUCCAUAUGGCUAAAAGGUUGAGCAUCAAAGUCCAAAAUCUGGUGGUCUGACAUUAAUUUUGCCCUUAGAACUCAAAAAUUUCUCUUUGUCACAUGUUUGUGACACAAUGAAAAAAACAUCUUUCAACAAAUGCAUCAUUGUUGCUUGGUUAUUUAUUGUCCGUACCAGUCAGGUUUAAACUUAACUACCUGUUGUAUAAAGGUUGAAUAAUUCUAUCCAACAGAUAAAUCGCUAUCCAGCGGAUAGAUUUUUAAUAGAGAUUAUCCACUGUGUAGAGAUUUAUCCUGUGGAUAGCAUUGUCUGACCUUUAAAAAACCAGGACCUGUUCCUUUGCUGGAAAACCUCCACUCCUAUUCAAUCAACACAUUACACCAAACACAUCACUCAUAAUUUUUUUCUUUUGAAUGCAGAAUCCAAAAAUGAUCUGAUAAUUUAUAAUGCCUUUUCAGGUUUCUGGUUUCUGGUUUCUGCUAUCAAUUCUUUUUCAAAGUUUGAAAGCCACUGCCUGAAACACUGCGUUAAUAUGUAGACCUUUUUUUCUUCAAAACCAUGUAAUAUUGUAAUGAGUGAAAAGAAAAUAGUAACAGUUCCUUACUGUUAAUUUUUUAAGUGUCCAUGCAAAAGUUUUAAAAAUAAUUUAACACAAUACAACUAUGCUCCUGGAAAUUUACCCUAACUAUUUAGGUCAUUUUGUGAAUGGUUAUUCGCAUAAUGUAUACCUUAAUUCAUCACUGUUACUUGGAAAAGUGUGUUCUAUGUUAUGUUAUAGCAAACAAUUAUUGGGGUGAUAUGGUAAAAGUAGUUCCAAGUGCCCCCCAUUCAGUUGAGAUGAGACUGAAAUAGGGGUACAACUAACCCUUUUACCCAAAUAAGUGACUUGCAUUUAAUUUCUUCCCAUCAUAUUACCCAUGAAUCAAAUAUUAUGGUCAGGAGAAGAAAGGAAAUGAUCAGCUGCUAAAGAAGCUCUUGAUUUUUAAACAAUUCUCCUUGCCGAUGCUCUAGAAAAUUUAUUGAAAAAUGGUACGGAGAUUAUGGUCAGGAGAAGAAAGGAAACAAUCAGCUGCUAAAGAAGCUCUUGAUUGUUAAACAAUUCUCCUUGCCAAUGCCCUAGAAAAUUUAUCAAAAAUGGCACAGAGAUUAUGAUCAGGAGAAGAAAGGAAAUGAUCAGCUGCCAAAGAAGCUCUUGAUUGUUAAACAAUUCUCCUUGCCAAUGCCCUAGAAAAUUUAUCGAAAACGAUAUGGAGAAUAUGCAUACUGAAGUAAGAGUGUAAAGGGUUAAGAAGUGUCGUUUUAAGUUUAACUUCUAUUUGUAUUUGUACAUUAUUUUUCUUUGCCUGAAUUUUAAGUGCUAUCUCCAUUUUUUUCUAGGAUCAGGAGUGACAAGAAGAAUGAGACAAUCAUACACCUACCAUGUGGGGACAACAGGUUAACAAGAAAUAAACUAACUAUUUGAAACAGGCUCCACAUAAAAAGUUUUGGUAUUAACCUUUUAAAUCGUAGGUCGUGGAGUAAUUAACCCUCUGAUCUUUAAGAGUGACUAUUACCUAAUUUCUCUAAGCAAUAUUACCACCGAAUCACACAAUAAACUCACAAGAAUAAAGGAACUGAUUAUCAACCAAAGAAGCUCUUUUCCUCACAAGUUCUCCCUUUCAGCAUCUUGGGAAAUUUAUGGAGAACACUAUGGAAAAUAUGCAUAUUGAUGUUAGGGUGUAAAGGGUAACAGUUUCUUGCCUGAAAGUACAAAUGCAACUACUCUUGCCUGAAUACCAUGGUGAACCUUGUUCUUGUUGUAAAACAUCAGUAUCUCUAAUCAAAACUUAAGUGAGCGUCCCUCAUCUUAAGUCCAAUCUUUCUACAGGACGAAGACGGGACAGACAGCCUCCAGAUGACUUUGAUUCCGCUGAUGAAGAACUCAGAGAAGCUAUAAGGGCAAGCCUCCGAGAAACACAUAUGAAUCGACAGCCAAACCUGGAUGAUUAUGACCCAAGGAUACAGACGGCAAUAAGAGAGAGCCUAGAUAACCCAGGAGGGGAGCCCUCUCGGUGGUCUGAUAACCAACAGCCUCAGAGAAGAGGGCCAUCUUCCGGAUCCCCACCAUACCCCCCUCAAAAUGGAAGCCGUUAUAAUUCUUGGUCGGCAACUUCAUCUGGUGGUGUUUCUUCGCGGCCGCCACCCUACUCCACUCAGGGGCCCUCAGCCUACCCCUCCCAAGAAGUUCCACCCUACCCUCGAGAGGGAGGAGGUCUUUAUCCCCGCCUGCCGGAUCCUACUCCCUAUACAGGCGGGGCGUUCGCGCAGUCUCCACCGUACCCUUCGGGGAUAGCGGAAUCCUACUCUACGGAUCCAGAACCUUCUGCUCCCCCGCAAGAACACGUUGUUAACGGAUACACAGGGAGACAUGCGCCGUACCCCCCGGAAAGCGUCACGCCCCAGGAAAGUUCGCUGGAUGAAGUUCGUAGAAGAAGGCUUCAGCGAUUUGAAAGAUAG